AUGGUCUCACCUAUCUAUCUCACCUCAUUCGCCGGCCUAGGGUUUGCCACUGUGACCGACUAUCACUCAGAGACAGUCACGGCAGGGAGAGGUUUUCAUCUCAGACUUCCUCUUCCGAAGAAUUUGUUACGGAUUCAAGUGAAGAUACAUCAUCAACAACUUCUGAAUCGUCAUCUACGUCAAGUGAUUCGUCAGACGAACGUCCGCAAAGAACUUAUCGGACCCGUAGUGCUGUACGCAGGAGCCAGGAAAGACGGUUUGUUCAUUUGCAAGAGUGACAGCGAAUCAAGUGAUUCAGGUGAAGAAGUACGUGACGAUCUCGAGCGAACGAUCAUGGAGAACGUGGAUGAUGUAGAUGAUGUUCAAAUACUGGAUGAAAAUGUAGAACCUCCGUCAUCAAACGCCCGGGGCUCACCAUCCGAUUCCGAUAGCGAGGUUAGAAUGGACCUCGUGUUUGCAGGGUAUCCACGGAAGGAACUUCGUCCACCGCGAUUGCUGCGGCGUCAGCUGGUGACGACGAGGCUGACGAUGGAUGUAGCAUUUGUUAUGAAAAAUCAAUGCAAAAGUAUUCAAGGUAAAAAUGCUGUAUGUCCCACUUGCAAAACGAAAACAAAUUUGAAAGACGUACGUAAACACUACACCGCAACUGUGAAGGUUACUGAUACCACAGAAGUGGAAAUGCUCCGGAAUUCUAAUGCAGCCCUACACAUUAGAAUAUCUGGACUCGAAGUCGAACUGGCCAAAAAGGAUCGUGAGCUAGCUGAGCUUGCAAAGAAGCUCCAAGAAGGAAAAUCUGCUGACAGCUCAUCCAGUACCCCGCAAAUAUUUGUGCAGCAGCGAGGUGGUCGAAUGUUCAUGAAUCCGGAGCGGAAAGAAGCACUUGCAGUAGGAGGACUUAAUGCGGAUGCCCGUGCUAUGGAUUUCAACGGAGAAGUUUGGGCAGUGGGAGUUGCAUGUUCUCAGGCUCGCAACAUUUUCAGCCCCUUUGGAAUUCGUAUUCUCACUAUCGUUUCCCAUAAAGUGUCUCUUCCACUCGGAUUUUCCGAUAGUAUAUCGAUGAAUUCAGGGGGAGAAGACAAGCGAGCAAUCAUUUCUAUGGAAGGAGCGAUUCGCAGACAGUGGAGAAUGCCCAAUGAGAAACCAGUGUGGACAGGAUGCUGGACUGCCGCAAAUAAGGUAGCGUUGGGUCUUGGUGAUGGCCGAGUUCUAGAGUAUGCCGUAGAUUCGGAUUCUACAGAACCAAUACGGGAUUACACUCAAGGCGUUGGUCAUCUUCCUAUCAUUUUUACAGGGUUCGAUCCCGUCUCAACAACACUGCUUGUGGCCUCUUUCAAAAAACUUGUAGCUUUCAGGAACGACAGAGUUUUUCCUCUGCUGAGCAAUGUAGAUGACAACUUUGAUAAGAUGAGAUCAAUAAGUUUUGAUGAGACUUCGCUGCACUUCGCGGUCACCUUUUUGCCUGGUGGUCGGCAUCCUGGCAUCUCUCACAGGCUUUACCGUCUAGAGAUAGAUGACGACAAUGACGAGGUGCGCUGUAUAGAAAUGGCACAGUGGUUGACUGACUGUCAAAUGUCGUCAACGAUGUGGACAAACUGCCUGUUUUCUCUCAAAAAUUCGUUGUUUUCCGUAGUCUACAAUGAGGACCGCCAGCGAUUUGACGCCCACGAUUGGUCAGGGAGGAGGGCCGAUGCUAUGAUCCACUUUCCGUCCAGCGCCACUGUUGCUGCGAUUCGAGCCAUACCAGCUGGAUGUGAUACGAGAAAAACCAUAAUCGUGCUUGCAGACAAGGCCAUUUUUUCGAUUGCUUUUGGAUUAUCUGAUGUGUCAUAA